GGCAACAGAGUGCUUCCCCGAGUCUUUUGCCAAUGCACCUUAUAUACCCAGAUGAAACAAAGAGUCAUAAACUCAAUGGUCAUUGUGGAAUUUAGGAGGAGGGGAGAGGUGUGAUUAGUUUCCGGGUAUCCGCAACCCCUGGGGAGAGGGCAGGGUUUCAUUCUUCAGGAUCUAGCAAAGAAUGUGGUUUUAUUGUUUUGUGACCCAACGCCGCAAACAAACUCAGUUCUUAUCACUUUUCCCGCUUCCUUACACACUCCGCUAUUUUUUUCAUGUUCGUUUUGUAUUUUCAUUGCCAGUAUUCUUGGAACGCUGUCAUACUUCACCUUUGCUAUCAUUUUACUGUGUUUUUCACCCUUACACACAUUUUGCAUCAUGUCAUUAUUCAAGGCUUUAUAAAGCACGCUGGGUGUUUCACUCUUGUGUCUUGAAGCGAAUCUGUCACCAUGUGGACCGCUCUGAAGAGUUUAGACGCGAGCUCUGUGGGCCUGGCUUUGAUUCUGGGUUUGGUGUUUCUGGCUCUAUAUGAAAUGUUCCGGAUGAAUUCCUUCAGAGCUCAAACCCCACCCGGACCCAGACCGCUGCCUUUUGUGGGAAACCUGCCAAACGCUUUGAAGGACCCAAUAAAGUACAUUAAACUGAUGCCUCAGUAUGGAGAGAUGGCCACUGUGUACAUAGGAAGGAAACCAUCAAUAAUCUUGAAUACACUCCAGAUCACAAAGGAAGCUCUGGUCCAGAAUGCUUCGUCUUUUUCUGGAAGAACAAAUGUGCCAAUUCUAGAUUGGGUUACAGGUGGAUAUGGAAUAGUGAUGGCUCAGUUUGGUCACUCGUGGAGGCAGCAGAGAAGGUUUGCUCUCCACACGCUCAGAAACUUCGGGCUGGGGAAGAAAUCUGUGGAAGAACGUGUUAUAGAAGAAGGACGUUACCUGAUCGCUGAAAUGUGCAAAACAAAGGGAACGGCAUUUGACCCUCAGCAUGUCAUACAGAAUGCAGUUUCAAACAUUAUCUGUUCCAUCGUGUUUGGAGAUCGCUUUGAAUAUGACAACAAGCUCUUCGCAAAUCUUCUGAAAAUCCUCAAUGAGAACAUCGUGCUGGCAGGGUCACUCAUUGGACAGAUUUUUAACUUGGUGCCCUUCAUCAAACACCUCCCAGGGCCGCACCAGAAAAUACACCAGAAUGCCGAAGAGCUGAAAGGUUUUAUCAGGGAAGCUGUUGAAGAACACAGAAUAACUUUAGACCCAGAAAACCUGCGGGACUUCAUCGAUGCCUACCUGGUGGAGAUGGAGAAACAAAAGUCGCACGAAGACUCCACGUUUCAUGAGAUGAACAUGGUUAUGACUGUGAGUGAUCUCUUCUUGGCUGGAACCGACACGACGGCGACCACUAUCAGAUGGGGGCUUAUCUUCUUGACUCAACACCCAGAUAUACAAGAGCGAUGUCAAGAGGAAAUUGUUCAGGUGUUGGGUUAUGACCGUCUGCCCAGCAUGGAUGACCGCGACAAACUUCCAUACACAUACGCCACUGUUCACGAGAUUCAGCGCUGUGCUAACAUCGCACCGCUUGGUGGAGUUCACGAAACCACUCAGCCCUCAAAACUACGAGGAUACGACAUUGCAAAGGAAACUCAGAUAAUGGUGAAUUUAACAGCAAUUUUAAGCGAUAAGGACCACUGGAAAUAUGCAGACACUUUUAAUCCAGAGAAUUUCUUGGAUGAUAAUAGAUGUUUCAACAAACCAGAGUCUUUUCUACCUUUCUCCUUGGGUCCAAGGGGUUGUCCUGGUGAGACCCUAGCAAAGACCGAGCUCUUUCUCUUCAUCACUUAUCUUCUACAGCAGCUUCGUUUCUCAUGGCCGGCAGAUGCACAGAGUCCACACAUGGAUGGGAUUUUUGGUAUGGUCCGCUCUCCCCAGCCGUUCAACAUCAUCUGUUGCAGCAGAGGAGCUGAUGAGUGACCAUCAUUAUUUAAAGUCCUCCUGUGGUUAAUAAUUUUAUCCCUUUAAACCAGAGCCGAUUCUUCCUAUACGCAGUUUACACAGGUUGCAUAGGGCUGCUGCGCCAACAGGGGGCCCCCUUGAGCACCAAAUCAAAAACACUAUUGAAAACAAAACGCUAUUUUUAUAACUUGUGGAUUCAACUCUAGAGGAAUCAUUUGGUAAUUUCUUUUUUAAUACUUAAUUUAUUUAAUUAUUAUUACAUACUCGUAUAUCACGCAGUGGGCGGCAGCCAGGUAAUGACAUGCGCAUGAUGUGCGUCUUAUGAACAUGGCUUCAAAACGAAGCUAUACGUCUGGAGCUGAGAAACGGCAACAAUGCAAAGCAAAAGAACAAGAAGCCAUGUGUUUUGUACUAUUUUAAAGUCUUAUUUAGUUUUGCCAAAUUAUGCAAUGUACAGAUUUACAAAUUCAAUAUCUGUAUUUCGUUUGCCCAUGACAAUGUCAUUUUUAGUUUGUGCCAUCACAUUUGGAGAAUUAUUGAUGUGUUUUCCUAAGCGUCGUUUUCUUGAGUAAACUGUAUUUGUCAUGUUUUAUUUUUGUUAGUAAAUCACUCAUUUGAUCAGUGAAAAAAUAGCUUUUGCAUGUUUUUUGACAACUAGAUGGUUCCAGAACCACGUGUUUUGUCAAUCAGAAUUUGAAAAAAAAUAUUCUUAAUUGUUCUUACUGUCAGUUUAAUGGGUUUUUUUUGUCUUUCAGUCUUCAUUCCUUUAAGUGCGUUAAUUGAUUUAUUAUUUUUUACAGUUCACUGUUAUGUUUUUAUACGACGGGGCUGUUGAAUGCUUCAUUCUGAUUGGCUGACGAACGUUCGACGGGUGUGCAUUAUUUUUCAGUUAAACGCACACCUAUGAAGUAGUUCCAGAUUUGUCGACCGAAUUACAGUUCCAUAUCACUGCGCCCAGUUUAACUUAAAUGUAGCCUACUGUCCACCAGUGAAUACGUAUCUAACAACAGACAAAGUGACAGGCAAAUUCCAUUGUCUGAGAAGAAAUAACUAUUAUUUAUGGACAGCAUUUGAACAACAAUGGCGAGAGCACUGAACAGGACUGUUCAGA